CAAAGAGUAAAAAUGUCUGCAAAUGAGUUACCUUCUUCAGCUCAAGCCUUCCAAGAACAAUUCCUUGGCGGUUUUGUCUCUAGAAAGCUGCUUCUGCACAACCCAUUUGACCACAACACUCAACGAGCCUUUGCGGUUGCACCAUCUCCUCUCAUAACCCAUGAGAACAACCUCAGUGGGAAUGUUAUGAUGCUUCUCUCAAUCCUCAUUUGUGGCAUUAUCUGCUGCCUCGGGUUACAUUACAUCAUUCGUUGUGCACUCAGACGUUCUACACGUUUCAUGAUCUCCGAGCCUGUACCAAGUCUUUCGUCAACACGGGGUUCAUCAAACAAAGGAAUCAAGAAGAAAGCUCUUAGAAUGUUCCCAGUUGUGAGUUACUCACCUGAGAUGAACCUGCCAGGGCUUGACGAAGAGUGUGUCAUUUGUUUGUCUGAUUUUGUUUCCGGUGAACAGCUCAGGCUGCUCCCCAAGUGUAACCACGGGUUCCAUGUUCGUUGCAUAGACAAGUGGCUUCAACAACAUCUGACUUGUCCAAAAUGCAGAAACUGUCUGGUUGAGACGUGCCAAAAGAUAUUAGGUGACUUCAGUCAAGCUGAUUCAGUUACGGCAGAACCAACAGAGAUCGUAAUUGUCACGAUUGUUCCUCUAGAACCAACAGAGAUCGUAAUUGUCACGAUUGCUCCUCUAGAACCAACAGAGAUCGUUAUUGUCAUGAUUGCUCCGCUAGAACCUGAAGGAAGAGUAAACACUAUUAGAGAAAUCAGCUAG